AUGUGGAGACUAACGUGUGUAAGUUUGGUCCUGCACUUAUUUGUUCAAGGUUCACUCUCUCAGCUGAACGUUUGUGGACAGGCUCCUCUAAACACUCGUAUUGUGGGUGGCGUGGAUGCCUCUGAGGGCUCAUGGCCGUGGCAGGUCAGUCUGCAUGCUUCUGGACGUCAUUUUUGUGGAGGCUCCCUCAUCAACAGCGAAUGGGUGCUGACAGCUGCUCACUGCUUACCUGGUGUCACUGCAUCCAGUCUGCGUGUGUAUUUGGGAAGGAGGACACAGCAAGGAGUCAAUGCCAAUGAAAUCAGCAGAGAUGUCACUACAAUCAUUGUCCACCCCUCUUACGACAAGACCACAAACAACAAUGACAUCGCUCUGCUCCGGCUGUCCUCUGCAGUCACCUUCAAUAACUACAUUAGACCCGUGUGUCUGGCGGCCCAGAACAGCAUCUUCAGUGCUGGCACCAGCAGCUGGAUCACAGGCUGGGGAGAUGUUCGAUCUGGAGUGAGUUUAGCUGCUCCUGGGAUCCUGCAGGAGACUAUGGUUCCAGUGGUGGCUAAUGAUCAAUGUAAUACUCUUUUGGGUUCUGGAUCUGUUACCAGCAACAUGAUUUGUGCUGGUUUAAUAGAGGGAGGCAAAGACACCUGCCAGGGAGACUCUGGUGGGCCAAUGGUGAGCAAGCAGUGUUCUUUGUGGAUUCAGUCUGGUAUCACCAGCUGGGGUUAUGGCUGUGCUGAUCCCAAUGCACCUGGUGUUUACACCCGAGUGUCACAGUAUCAGAGUUGGAUCACCAACAACGUUGGCCAGAACCUGCCGGGUUUUGUCACCUUCAACCCUACAGGCACAUGCCAGUCUGCCUCAACCUCUUGUAAAGGAAGAUGUGGUGAGAAAUUUGACCGCCGCAACCACUGCAACUGCAAUCCUUAUUGCUCACCUAACUGCUGUGCAGAUUAUAGAAAGCUAUGCAGGUAUUCGUAG